AUGGAACCAAAACCAGAGAAGCACAGGCCUUCGGCAAUUAUCCCAAACCAGAGACCUCGAAAAGCAUAUCAGCCGCGGCAAAAACAAUGGGCAGGACACGUCAUCAGAAGAACAGACGACCGUUGGAGCACGAGAGUAACAUCUUGGAUUCGCAGAAACACGAGGCGCACCCGUGGACGACCAGCGACCCGAUGGGUUGACCACUUCAAGAAGAACAUCAGCCGUCAUGGACGCCACUGGAUGACCGUCGCCAGAGACCGGGAUGCAUGGAGGACGUGUGGUUCGCGCUGA